AUGCUGGCUGAGCUCAUGCCAGUGGCCUGUUGGGCUCUCGUCCCAUUCACAUUUCCAGCCGCCUGGGCUUCGCCGGCUCCACGUGCCCGUGGUGUGUGGUCCACUUCCGUGCCCUCGCCAGGUCUACACACGCCAGUACUCAACGUGAAAACCCUUGAUAAAUUUGCCCCUUCUCCCGCCUCCUUCGGUCAUGGCCUACCGUCUCCUCGGCGCCCUCUCGAAAUGACCACUCCAACAACAGCAACACCCAACUCACCGCGUCGUUCCCCCCCUACUAUUGGGGUCUUCAGUGGCUGUUUUGUGUACGAUCCUCGUACGCACAGUCACUCACGCCCGGGCCUUGUAACCUUUUCCUGCUAA